UCUGUGUUUGCAGAGGAAGGUACUGUGUGUUCAGUAUGUCAGUCUGUGUUUGCAGAGGAAGGUACUGUGUGUUCAGUAUGUCAGUCUGUGUUUGCAGAGGAAGGUACUGUGUUCAGUAUGUCAGUCUGUGUUUGCAGAGGAAGGUACUGUGUGUUCAGUAUGUCAGUCUGUGUUUGCAGAGGAAGGUGCUGUGUGUUCAGUCUGUGUUUGCAGAGGAAGGUACUGUGUGUUCAGUCUGUGUUUGCAGAGGAAGGUACUGUGUUCAGUAUGUCAGUCUGUGUUUGCAGAGGAAGGUACUGUGUGUUCAGUAUGUCAGUCUGUGUUUGCAGAGGAAGGUACUGUGUGUUCAGUAUGUCAGUCUGUGUUUGCAGAGGAAGGUACUGUGUGUUCAGUCUGUCAGUCUGUGUUUGCAGAGGAAGGUACUGUGUUCAGUAUGUCAGUCUGUGUUUGCAGAGGAAGGUACUGUGUGUUCAGUCUGUGUUUGCAGAGGAAGGUACUGUGUGUUCAGUCUGUGUUUGCAGAGGAAGGUACUGUGUGUUCAGUCUGUCAGUCUGUGAUUGCAGAGGAAGGUACUGUGUUCAGUAUGUCAGUCUGUGAUUGCAGAGGAAGGUACUGUGUUCAGUAUGUCAGUCUGUAUUUGCAGAGGAAGGUACUGUGUUCAGUAUGUCAGUCUGUGUUUGCAGAGGAAGGUACUGUGUGUUCAGUCUGUGUUUGCAGAGGAAGGUGCUGUGUGUUCAGUAUGUCAGUCUGUGUUUGCAGAGGAAGGUACUGUGUGUUCAGUCUGUAUUUGCAGAGGAAGGUACUGUGUGUUCAGUCUGUCAGUCUGUGUUUGCAGAGGAAGGUACUGUGUGUUCAGUCUGUGUUUGCAGAGGAGGGUACUGUGUUCAGUAUGUCAGUCUGUGUUUGCAGAGGAAGGUACUGUGUGUUCAGUAUGUCAGUCUGUGUUUGCAGAGGAAGGUACUGUGUUCAGUAUGUCAGUCUGUGUUUGCAGAGGAAGGUACUGUGUUCAGUAUGUCAGUCUGUGUUUGCAGAGGAAGGUACUGUGUGUUCAGUAUGUCAGUCUGUGUUUGCAGAGGAAGGUACUGUGUGUUCAGUAUGUGUUUGCAGAGGAAGGUACUGUGUGUUCAGUAUGUCAGUCUGUGUUUGCAGAGGAAGGUACUGUGUUCAGUAUGUCAGUCUGUGUUUGCAGAGGAAGGUACUGUGUGUUCAGUCUGUAUUUGCAGAGGAAGGUACUGUGUUCAGUAUGUCAGUCUGUAUUUGCAGAGGAAGGUACUGUGUGUUCAGUAUGUGUUUGCAGAGGAAUGUGCUGUGUGUUCAGUCUGUCAGUCUGUGUUUGCAGAGGAAGGUACUGUGUGUUCAGUAUGUGUUUGCAGAGGAAUGUGCUGUGUGUUCAGUCUGUCAGUCUGUGUUUGCAGAGGAAGGUACUGUGUGUUCAGUAUGUCAGUCUGUGUUUGCAGAGGAAGGUACUGUGUUCAGUAUGUCAGUCUGUGUUUGCAGAGGAAGGUACUGUGUGUUCAGUAUGUCAGUCUGUGUUUGCAGAGGAAGGUACUGUGUGUUCAGUCUGUGUUUGCAGAGGAAGGUACUGUGUGUUCAGUCUGUGUUUGCAGAGGAAGGUACUGUGUGUUCAGUCUGUCAGUCUGUGUUUGCAGAGGAAGGUACUGUGUGUUCAGUCUGUGUUUGCAGAGGAAGGUACUGUGUGUUCAGUAUGUGUUUGCAGAGGAAGGUACUGUGUUCAGUAUGUCAGUCUGUGUUUGCAGAGGAAGGUACUGUGUGUUCAGUCUGUGUUUGCAGAGGAAGGUACUGUGUGUUCAGUCUGUGUUUGCAGAGGAAGGUACUGUGUUCAGUAUGUCAGUCUGUGUUUGCAGAGGAAGGUACUGUGUUCAGUAUGUCAGUCUGUGUUUGCAGUGGAAGGUACUGUGUUCAGUAUGUCAGUCUGUGAUUGCAGAGGAAGGUACUGUGUGUUCAGUAUGUCAGUCUGUGUUUGCAGAGGAAGGUGCUGUGUGUUCAGUAUGUCAGUCUGUGUUUGCAGAGGAAGGUACUGUGUGUUCAGUAUGUCAGUCUGUGUUUGCAGAGGAAUGUGCUGUGUGUUCAGUAUGUCAGUCUGUGUUUGCAGAGGAAGGUGCUGUGUGUUCAGUAUGUCAGUCUGUGUUUGCAGAGGAAGGUACUGUGUGUUCAGUCUGUGUUUGCAGAGGAAGGUACUGUGUGUUCAGUCUGUGUUUGCAGAGGAAGGUACUGUGUGUUCAGUAUGUGUUUGCAGAGGAAGGUACUGUGUGUUCAGUCUGUGUUUGCAGAGGAAGGUACUGUGUGUUCAGUCUGUCAGUCUGUGUUUGCAGAGGAAGGUACUGUGUGUUCAGUCUGUGUUUGCAGAGGAAGGUACUGUGUGUUCAGUAUGUGUUUGCAGAGGAAGGUACUGUGUGUUCAGUAUGUGUUUGCAGAGGAAGGUACUGUGUUCAGUAUGUCAGUCUGUGUUUGCAGAGGAAGGUACUGUGUGUUCAGUCUGUGUUUGCAGAGGAAGGUGCUGUGUGUUCAGUAUGUCAGUCUGUGUUUGCAGAGGAAGGUACUGUGUGUUCAGUCUGUAUUUGCAGAGGAAGGUACUGUGUGUUCAGUCUGUCAGUCUGUGUUUGCAGAGGAAGGUACUGUGUGUUCAGUCUGUGUUUGCAGAGGAGGGUACUGUGUUCAGUAUGUCAGUCUGUGUUUGCAGAGGAAGGUACUGUGUGUUCAGUAUGUCAGUCUGUGUUUGCAGAGGAAGGUACUGUGUUCAGUAUGUCAGUCUGUGUUUGCAGAGGAAGGUACUGUGUUCAGUAUGUCAGUCUGUGUUUGCAGAGGAAGGUACUGUGUGUUCAGUAUGUCAGUCUGUGUUUGCAGAGGAAGGUACUGUGUGUUCAGUAUGUGUUUGCAGAGGAAGGUACUGUGUGUUCAGUAUGUCAGUCUGUGUUUGCAGAGGAAGGUACUGUGUUCAGUAUGUCAGUCUGUGUUUGCAGAGGAAGGUACUGUGUGUUCAGUCUGUAUUUGCAGAGGAAGGUACUGUGUUCAGUAUGUCAGUCUGUAUUUGCAGAGGAAGGUACUGUGUGUUCAGUAUGUGUUUGCAGAGGAAUGUGCUGUGUGUUCAGUCUGUCAGUCUGUGUUUGCAGAGGAAGGUACUGUGUGUUCAGUAUGUGUUUGCAGAGGAAUGUGCUGUGUGUUCAGUCUGUCAGUCUGUGUUUGCAGAGGAAGGUACUGUGUGUUCAGUAUGUCAGUCUGUGUUUGCAGAGGAAGGUACUGUGUUCAGUAUGUCAGUCUGUGUUUGCAGAGGAAGGUACUGUGUGUUCAGUAUGUCAGUCUGUGUUUGCAGAGGAAGGUACUGUGUGUUCAGUCUGUGUUUGCAGAGGAAGGUACUGUGUGUUCAGUCUGUGUUUGCAGAGGAAGGUACUGUGUGUUCAGUCUGUCAGUCUGUGUUUGCAGAGGAAGGUACUGUGUGUUCAGUCUGUGUUUGCAGAGGAAGGUACUGUGUGUUCAGUAUGUGUUUGCAGAGGAAGGUACUGUGUUCAGUAUGUCAGUCUGUGUUUGCAGAGGAAGGUACUGUGUGUUCAGUCUGUGUUUGCAGAGGAAGGUACUGUGUGUUCAGUCUGUGUUUGCAGAGGAAGGUACUGUGUUCAGUAUGUCAGUCUGUGUUUGCAGAGGAAGGUACUGUGUUCAGUAUGUCAGUCUGUGUUUGCAGUGGAAGGUACUGUGUUCAGUAUGUCAGUCUGUGAUUGCAGAGGAAGGUACUGUGUGUUCAGUAUGUCAGUCUGUGUUUGCAGAGGAAGGUGCUGUGUGUUCAGUAUGUCAGUCUGUGUUUGCAGAGGAAGGUACUGUGUGUUCAGUAUGUCAGUCUGUGUUUGCAGAGGAAUGUGCUGUGUGUUCAGUAUGUCAGUCUGUGUUUGCAGAGGAAGGUGCUGUGUGUUCAGUAUGUCAGUCUGUGUUUGCAGAGGAAGGUACUGUGUGUUCAGUCUGUGUUUGCAGAGGAAGGUACUGUGUGUUCAGUCUGUCAGUCUGUGUUUGCAGAGGAAGGUACUGUGUGUUCAGUAUGUGUUUGCAGAGGAAGGUACUGUGUGUUCAGUAUGUGUUUGCAGAGGAAGGUACUGUGUGUUCAGUCUGUGUUUGCAGAGGAAGGUACUGUGUGUUCAGUCUGUCAGUCUGUGUUUGCAGAGGAAGGUACUGUGUGUUCAGUCUGUGUUUGCAGAGGAAGGUACUGUGUGUUCAGUAUGUGUUUGCAGAGGAAGGUACUGUGUUCAGUAUGUCAGUCUGUGUUUGCAGAGGAAGGUACUGUGUGUUCAGUCUGUGUUUGCAGAGGAAGGUACUGUGUGUUCAGUCUGUGUUUGCAGAGGAAGGUACUGUGUUCAGUAUGUCAGUCUGUGUUUGCAGAGGAAGGUACUGUGUUCAGUAUGUCAGUCUGUGUUUGCAGUGGAAGGUACUGUGUUCAGUAUGUCAGUCUGUGAUUGCAGAGGAAGGUACUGUGUGUUCAGUAUGUCAGUCUGUGUUUGCAGAGGAAGGUACUGUGUGUUCAGUCUGUGUUUGCAGAGGAAGGUACUGUGUGUUCAGUAUGUCAGUCUGUGUUUGCAGAGGAAGGUACUGUGUGUUCAGUAUGUCAGUCUGUAUUUGCAGAGGAAGGUACUGUGUUCAGUAUGUCAGUCUGUAUUUGCAGAGGAAGGUUCUGUGUGUUCAGUAUGUCUCCAGUAAUCAGUCUGUGAUUGAUCCAACUCACUGAUGAUGUCAGUCGUUCAAGCCCUUCCAGGUCCAGAUCCAGUUUGGUUUAGAACAUCAGAUUUAGCGUGGGACUGGUUCUGGUUAAAUCAUAGGAUCCUAUUGGCUUGUUUUAUUUGGGAGUCCAUUCAUUGAUAAACCCAGAAUGACAGUAUUAAAUGCAGAUAGAAUGUCAACAAGGCUUGCGUGGGGUUAAAUGUGUGCUGUUGCUACAGUGUUAUAUUUCCCAUGUGGUAUAGGCACACACACAACAAUAUACUGGGAUGUAUCUAAAAUAGCCCCCUAUUCUCUAUGUAGUGCACUAUUCCAUAUGACCCUAGUCAACAGUAGAGGGCCAUUUCAGAUGCAGCCUGGAGAUUUUUUACCAUCCCAUAAUACUACUAGGUUACCGUGGUAACUGCUGGUUCUGGAAAUCCCCUUCUAUUGUGCUGUGAUUUCCUUCAUUUAACAAUGAGAGCUGAGUCUGUACUGAGUCGCGUAGUCACGCUACUGUACUGAGUCGCAUAGUCACACUACUGUACUGAGUCGCGUAGUCACACUACUGUACUGAGUCGCAUAGUCACACUACUGUACUGAGUCGCGUAGUCACACGCUACUGUACUGAGUCGCGUAGUCACACUACUGUACUGAGUCGCGUAGUCACACUACUGUACUGAGUCGCGUAGUCACACUACUGUACUGAGUCGCAUAGUCACACACUACUGUACUGAGUCGCGUAGUCACGCGCCACUGUACUGAGUCGCGUAGUCACGCGCCACUGUACUGAGUCGCGUAGUCACGCGCCACUGUACUGAGUCGCGUAGUCACGCGCCACUGUACUGAGUCGCGUAGUCACGCGCCACUGUACUGAGUCGCGUAGUCACGCGCCACUGUACUGAGUCGCGUAGUCACGCGCCACUGUACUGAGUCGCGUAGUCACGCGCCACUGUACUGAGUCGCGUAGUCACGCGCCACUGUACUGAGUCGCGUUGUCACGCGCCACUGUACUGAGUCGCGUAGUCACGCGCCACUGUACUGAGUCGCGUAGUCACGCGCCACUGUACUGAGUCGCGUUGUCACGCGCCACUGUACUGAGUCGCGUAGUCACUGUACUGAGUCGCGUAGCCACUGUACUGAGUCGCGUAGCCACUGUACUGAGUCGCGUAGCCACUGUACUGAGUCGCGUAGUCACUGUACUGGGUCGCGUAGUCACUGUACUGGGUCGCGUAGUCACUGUACUGAGUCGCGUAGUCACUGUACUGAGUCGCGUAGUCACUGUACUGGGUCGCGUAGUCACUGUACUGGGUCGCGUAGUCACUGUACUGGGUCGCGUAGUCACUGUACUGGGUCGCGUAGUCACUGUACUGGGUCGCGUAGUCACUGUACUGGGUCGCGUAGUCACACUACUGUACUGAGUCGCGUAGUCACACUACUGUACUGAGUCGCGUGGUCACACACUACUGUACUGAGUCGCGUGGUCACACACUACUGUACUGAGUCGCGUGGUCACACACUACUGUACUGAGUCGCGUAGUCACUGUACUGGGUCGCGUGGUCACACACUACUGUACUGAGUCGCGUAGUCACUGUACUGGGUCGCGUGGUCACACACUACUGUACUGAGUCGCGUAGUCACACUACUGUACUGAGUCGCGUGGUCACACUACUGUACUGAGUCGCGUAGUCACACUACUGUACUGAGUCGCGUAGUCACACUACUGUACUGAGUCGCGUAGUCACACUACUGUACUGAGUCGCGUGGUCACACACUACUGUACUGAGUCGCGUAGUCACACACUACUGUACUGAGUCGCGUAGUCACUGUACUGGGUCGCGUAGUCACACUACUGUACUGGGUCGCGUGGUCACACACUACUGUACUGAGUCGCGUAGUCACUGUACUGGGUCGCGUAGUCACACUACUGUACUGGGUCGCGUGGUCACACUACUGUACUGGGUCGCGUGGUCACACACUACUGUACUGAGUCGCGUGGUCACACUACUGUACUGAGUUGCGUGGUCACACUACUGUACUGGGUCGCGUGGUCACACACUACUGUACUGAGUCGCGUAGUCACUGUACUGGGUCGCGUAGUCACACUACUGUACUGAGUCGCGUGGUCACACUACUGUACUGAGUCGCGUGGUCACACACUACUGUACUGGGUCGCGUGGUCACACACUACUGUACUGGGUCGCGUGGUCACACACUACUGUACUGGGUCGCGUGGUCACACACUACUGUACUGAGUCGCGUAGUCACUGUACUGGGUCGCGUAGUCACACUACUGUACUGAGUCGCGUGGUCACACUACUGUACUGAGUCGCGUGGUCACACACUACUGUACUGGGUCGCGUGGUCACACACUACUGUACUGAGUCGCGUGGUCACACACUACUGUACUGAGUCGCGUGGUCACACACUACUGUACUGAGUCGCGUAGUCACUGUACUGGGUCGCGUAGUCACUGUACUGGGUCGCGUAGUCACUGUACUGGGUCGCGUAGUCACUGUACUAUGUCGCGUAGUCACUGUACUGGGUCGCGUAUUCACGCGCCACUGUACUGAGUCGCGUAUUCACGCGCCACUGUACUGAGUCGCGUAGUCACGCGCCACUGUACUGAGUCGCGUAGUCACGCGCCACUGUACUGAGUCGCGUAGUCACGCGCCACUGUACUGAGUCGCGUAGUCACGCGCCACUGUACUGAGUCGCGUAGUCACGCGCCACUGUACUGAGUCGCGUAGUCACGCGCCACUGUACUGAGUCGCGUAGUCACGCGCCACUGUACUGAGUCGCGUAGUCACGCGCCACUGUACUGAGUCGCGUAGUCACUGUACUGAGUCGCGUAGUCACUGUACUGGGUCGCGUAGUCACUGUACUGGGUCGCGUAGUCACUGUACUGGGUCGCGUAGUCACUGUACUGGGUCGCGUAGUCACUGUACUGGGUCGCGUAGUCACUGUACUGGGUCGCGUAGUCACUGUACUGGGUCGCGUAGUCACUGUACUGAGUCGCGUAGUCACUGUACUGAGUCGCGUAGUCACUGUACUGAGUCGCGUAGUCACUGUACUGGGUCGCGUAGUCACUGUACUGAGUCGCGUAGUCACUGUACUGAGUCGCGUAGUCACUGUACUGAGUCGCGUAGUCACUGUACUGGGUCGCGUAGUCACUGUACUGAGUCGCGUAGUCACACUACUGUACUGGGUCGCGUAGUCACACUACUGUACUGAGUCGCGUAGUCACACUACUGUACUGAGUCGCGUGGUCACACACUACUGUACUGAGUCGCGUGGUCACACACUACUGUACUGGGUCGCGUGGUCACACACUACUGUACUGGGUCGCGUGGUCACACACUACUGUACUGAGUCGCGUGGUCACACACUACUGUACUGAGUCGCGUGGUCACACACUACUGUACUGAGUCGCGUGGUCACACACUACUGUACUGGGUCGCGUGGUCACACACUACUGUACUGAGUCGCGUGGUCACACUACUGUACUGAGUCGCGUGGUCACACACUACUGUACUGAGUCGCGUGGUCACACACUACUGUACUGAGUCGCGUGGUCACACUACUGUACUGAGUCGCGUAGUCACACACUACUGUACUGAGUCGCGUGGUCACACACUACUGUACUGAGUCGCGCGGUCACACACUACUGUACUGAGUCGCGUGGUCACUGUACUGUACUGAGUCCUCUGGAUGUAUAGUCGGGGCAAAUCACAACUUUCACUUAAGUCAUAUUUUCACUUGCAUUGAUAUCAAUGGGAGACUGUGAACAUUCAUGGAAGUGAGGAUUCACUCCUUCAUUCGUACAACAUGUUUAGUAGGCAAAAACCGUUCUCAGGUUUUAUAAAUAAUUUCAGGUUCUUGAAUAUAAUUUCUAGUAAUGGGAGAGAUACUAUUAUAAUUGUAUUAAUAAGCAUGUUUUCCAUCCCCUUUCCAUUUUGGAAUUGUUAACAUUUUCAUUUCACAU